AUGGCUACUGAGCCGACGAAAUCGGUGGCCUUCGUGGCGGUGCCGUUCCCGGCGCAGGGCCACUUGAACCAGCUGCUGCACUUAUCCCUGCUGGUGGCGUCGCGGGGUCUCUCGGUGCACUACGCGGCGCCCGCCGCGCACGUCCGGCAGGCGCGGUCACGCCUGCACGGCUGGGAUUCCGACGACCUCGGCUCCAUCCAUUUCCACGACCUCGACGUCUCCACCAACGAGUCCCCGGCGCCCGACCCGACCGCCCAGUGUCCCUUCCCCAACCACCUUAUUCCCAUGUGGGAGUCCUUCAGCACCGCCGCGAGCGCCCCUCUCGCCGCCCUUCUCCGGAGCCUCUCGGCCACCCACCGCCGCGUGGUGGUUGUGUACGACAGGAUCAACUCCUUCGCCGCAGUGGAGGCGGCGCGGCUGGACAACGGCGAGGCGUACGGACUGCAGUGCGUGGCCAUCUCCUACCACAUGGGAUGGCUGGACCCCGGCCACCAGCUCCUGCGCGACCAUGCCCUCGAGUACAUCCCCAUCGACGUCUCCAUGUCCAAGGAGUGCAUGGAGUACUUGUUCCGUACAACGGCGGAGUUGCAGGACGAAGGGGGCCGAGGCGUGGCCUCGGCCGCCGGCAUCGUCAUGAACACGUGCCGCGAGCUGGAGGGCGAGUUCAUCGACGCCAUCGCCGAGCACCCGUCAUCCAAGGACCAGAAGUUCUUCGCCGUCGGGCCACUGAACCCGCUGCUGGACGGGAGCACGCACGCUCCGGGGGAGACGCGGCACGAGUGCAUGGAAUGGCUGGACGCUCAGCCUCCGGCAUCGGUGCUCUACGUCUCCUUCGGGACGACUUCUUCUUUCCGGACAGACCAGAUCGUGGAGAUGGCGGCGGCCCUCAAGGGCAGCAAGCAGAGGUUCAUCUGGGUGCUGCGAGACGCCGACCGUGCCGACAUAUUCACGGAGCCUGGCGAGUGCCCGCACCACAAGCUGAUGUCGGAGUUUACAAAACAAACCCAUGGAACGGGGCUGGUGAUCACCGGGUGGGCGCCGCAGCUGGAGAUCCUGGCGCACGGCACCACGGCGGCGUUCAUGAGCCACUGUGGCUGGAACUCUACCUUGGAGAGCCUGGGCCAUGGCAAGCCUAUCCUCGCGUGGCCAAUGCACUCCGACCAACCGUGGGACGCGGAGCUUAUCUGCAAGUACCUCAAGGUCGGCCUCCUGGUGAGGCAAUGGAAGAAGCACGAUCAGGUCGUACCGGCAGAGGCCAUCCAAGAGGUGAUCGAGGAAGCGAUGCUUUCAGAAAAUGGAAUGGUGAUGCGCCAGAGGGCGAAGGUGCUCGGUGAGGCCGUUCGUGCAUCUGUGGCCAAAGGUGGCUCCUCGAGCAAAGACCUGAACGACUUUAUUGCUUACAUCACAAGGUGAUUGUAGAGGCUUUACUGAAGCAUACCGGACUGCUACCUUAUGAGAAAAAAAUCCAACAUAUGUUGAAUUUGAAUUAUUUCUCCGGAAUAAAUUAGACCCCAAACCAUGUGAUGUUCA